AUGUCCGAGAUUAUCGUCUCUGUGACCAAUGCUUCGGAGCCGGAGGAAGAGCGCCGAGCACGAGCACAUGCGAAGAGGGAACGCCAGGUGCAGCGCUGGGCCCACGAAGUCUUGCCCUCGCUGCUUCGCCCAUACCUACGGCUGCUCCACGAAUCUGCAUCUUUGCGAACGAUCGACCGGCGGAGCGCGGCGUUGUUGUCGUGUACGUGUUCAGGUGGGAGCCGCCGUUUGACACUGGAGAGAUACAUCACAGAUCUCGAGACCAUUGAGCUGCGUAUAUGUGGCUGUUUGGGCGCCGCUCCGCAGCUCAUAGCCCGCGGACUAUUCCCGUGUGCCCCGCAGGCCCCGACUCUUGCUGUCGACAUCUCCUUACUCCAAUUCACGCGCGCGCUCUUUGUGCGACUUCCCCCGAACACGACGUCCUUUUGCGAGACAUUAGAAGCGUUUUUGGAGGCCCGGAACUACAAGCUCAAAUCCAGGGAAUCAAUGCGUCGACGUUUCGGGAACGCUCUCCUAUGGUACUCAAACUUAUCCAACAAUGUUGAUCGCUUUGUGCGUGAUCGCAUUGAGAUUGAGCGAUCGCGUUUGAUCGAAGCGGCGGCCGUUCAAGACACAAUUGCAAAUGAGAGGUUGGGUCUGCGUGAUACUGCGACAAGCUCCGAUCCCUCUGCUCCUGCGGGAGAAACAUGCAAUACUCGUGGGCGUGCGAGCGAGUAUCUGCGCGCGCGGUGCCCUCUGUGUUUUGGCUCGGAAUAUGUGCAUCAGAAAGAUGGGAUUCCAGACGUCAUUGUGUGUCUCGACGCGUGCUUCACGCAGAAGCGCCGCAAAGGCAAGGCUGGUAUGCGUGAUCCGCCGCGUGCCCACCCCGACACGGUCUUCGUCCCGGAGGCAGAUGUACGCACCAUGGAGAGCUUUGUCGAGCAGACGCGACGGGGCGACGACCAAGGUGUGCCGGCUCCGACCGAGAGUCAUGAUCGCGUGGAGGGCGGCCUCAAGCUGCCCAAUUCUGUUCUCGACGGAUGUAACGAGUCGUUCACCGCGGCUGACGAGCGUCGCCAGAAAGCCAGCACGCAGUUCUUCGCAGACACGGGGCUCAUGGCAAUGCUCUGUCGCCAUGAUCGGGUUCUGUGGCUCGUCAAUAUGACCUCGGCUGGCGAGAAACAGCACUACGCGCUGGUCCUGGUACGACGCCUCUUCGAUCACCUACCGUCACAUGUCACCAUUGGUCUCCUGUACGACAUCGCUUGCCAACUGCAUCGAAGCAUCGUCAAAUGGGAUUUUCUCGGGUCGCUUGCUAGCCGACUCAUGUAUGCUCUCUCUGUCUUCCACGCCUUUGGACACCAGUGGCCGUGCCAAUUGGUCUACCACCCUCGCAAAUGUGUUGGCUUUGGGCUCUCAGAUGGCGAAGGCUGUGAGAGGUUCUGGAGUUCAAUUCAGAGGCUAAUUCCGUCAUUGCGAGUAUCCGGUUACCACCAGCGCUUGUUUGUCAUUGACACGCAGGUGAAGCACCUCGACGUCAUGUCACUCCGCAAACUAGGGCAAUGGCUCAGCCGCAAGUGGUACCGGUGCCAUGAUCGACUGUCCACUGCUCAGCGGGAAGUCCAAGACUCUGGAUUCUCUUCGGACGAGCUGCGAGCAGAAUGGCGUCUUCAAAUUGAAGCACAGACCAAGCCAGCUCCAAAACAGUCACGGAACCGAGGAGCGAAGACCAUUGAAGCAAUUCUGGCCUUGCAGAAGAGCCAGGCCUCUUAUGACGAGACCAUACGGGGACUUGAGGAGCGACUACUGGGUGAUCUAGAGGCCCGUGCAAAACGCUCGCGCAUUGUUGCUGCUAUCAUGCACAAGCGCACUGCGUUGGGGGUCAAUGAACGUUCACAGCUCUCUCGUCUCACCAAGAACAAGUUUCUGCAAGUACGAAUGAACGCGCGGGCUCUCAAGCAACGCAUCCGUGACCGGCUCCGCCAGCGGAAAUUUGAGCUUGACCGAUUUGAGCGUUCAUACCGUAAUACAACGAACAAGCACAAGCUCAGCAACCACGUUGAAUCUGCAGUCAAGCGCCGUGAACCUGGAAUACUGAAGCUUGCCAAGGCCUACAAUGCCCUGUGCAAGCAGAUGUCAACCAUGGUUCAGCAGCGCAAGGCUCCUCGGUUUGCAGUUGCACCAGAUCCUAUCCAGAGUAAUGGGCUGUUCAAGCUUGAUGUGGAUGAUGACAUCUGGCAGGACGUAGGACUUGAGGAUGAUGACUUUGGGGCUAGUGCAUCUGACCCAGAUGAGUCCGCUGUUCCCCGCUGGCUGGGUGAUGAGGCGGUGCGAUCUGCAAUCAAGGCACAGUUGAUGCUGGACCGCUGCUUGGAGGAGAAGGACCGCUUGUCUGUGGAGCGGUAUACCAUGCAGAAGUGGAUGCAGGAAGAGUGGAGGUCUCUGGAGGCUGCAAUUGCAAGUGCUGCUGAAGACCCAAAUUUGUUGUUCCAACUCAACAUUCGCCGCUCGGAGUUGUGCCGUCUGUGUGCAACAUGGCAACAUCAUGUGCGUGCAAUCCCCAGUGCUCAUCCCAUUUCUGCAUCAUGGGGCCCAUCAGAGUAUGAGCUGAAUGAGGCUGCACUCUAUGAGAUCUCUGAAGGCAACAGCCUUGAGGGAUGCAUACCAUACAUCUGA